AUUUAAAUUAACUCAAAAUUACAUCUAUGUCCCUAUAAAUAGUCAUGGAAGUCUCCUAGAACCCUCACUGGUUCUCUUUUUCCACACAGACAGACACACACAGAGAGAGAGAGAGAGACCAUGGCGACCAUCUACUCCUCCGCUCUCUCCUUCCAAAACUCUAACCCUAACCGUAAUUUUCAUCUUUUUUCCAAAUUUCAUCUCCUCUCUCGCGUUCGCUUCCCUCUCCGCUCUUCGUCCCGUAAUCGCCUCCGCGUCUCCGCCUCCUUCGCCUUGCCGCCCUUCACCAAUCCCCUCUUCAACUCCGCCAACUCCCUCUCCUCCAUGCUCUCUCUCCUCAACACCCAGCUCCGUGAAGUCUCCACUUCCGUUGCUCCCCGCUUGCUCGCCGCCUUCAUGAACCACCGCGCCGAUUUUGUCCUUCCGAUGACGGCCGUUCUGGCCAGGGCUGUUCGGUGGCUUGAUAUCUUUGAUCAGGUCCUGAUGGUGAGGGUGCUGCUCAGUUGGUACCCUAAUAUUCCUUGGGAUCGCCAGCCCUUCAACGCCUUGAGUGAUCUCUGCGAUCCUUUCCUCAAUCUCUUUCGGAAGAUCAUCCCUCGGGUUGGCGCGAUGGAUGUCAGUCCUCUUCUUGCUUUCGUGGUCUUGCGGAUUAUUAGAUCCUUACUUGGAGCUCCUGAUCCUGUGAUGUAUUGAUGAUCCGGAGAUUGGAAAGCUCCUGCUGUUCGCCGAGUAGAGUGGGCAUUGAAGUUGAAGGGAAUCGAGUACGAAUACAUUGAAGAAGAUCUCUCCAACAAAAGUCCCUCACUUCUCCAGUACAAUCCAAUCAAUAGGCAAGUUCCUGUACUCUUACACAAUGGUAAGCCACUCGUAGAAUCCCUAGUCAUUCUUGAAUACAUUGAUGAAACCUGGAAGGACAACCCUAUCUUACCGAAGGAUCCUUAUGAACGAGCCAUGGCACGCAUCUGGGCUUUGUACUCUGAUUACCAGUGCCGAGAUGCUUCAAAGGAUGUUUUCCUUGCAAUGGGAGAAGAGCAAGAGAAAGCCAUCAAGUGCUUGGAAGAGACGUUGGAAGUACUCGAAAAGGAGCUAAAGGGAAAGAGAUUCUUCGCCGGCCAGAGCAUAGGAUACUUGGAUCUUGCACUGGGUUGGAUGGCUUUCUGGUUAGGAGUUUCCGAGGAAGUUGCUUGUUAUGAAGUUCUAGACGUAGAGAAGUUUCCUCGGUUUGUUACUUGGAUUGAAAACUUCCUGAAAGUUCCUGUAAUCCGUGAUAACCUUCCUGACCGUGACAAGACUGUAGAGUUUUUUCAUGAGUACCGCAAGCUUCAGCAAUCUGCGCUAGGAAAAGUUUAGCUGCUAGUCUGCGAUUUUCAGCACAACCCGAAGUUUGAAAAAUCUUUUUUUCGUAUUAGUGUCUACAACAUGGACUAAGAUCUUCCCUUUUGGAGUAGGUUUAAGAAUCUCCAGCAUCGAAUUAGUUAAGUUUGUAAGUUCUGCUUUGGUUCUGUACUGUAAUUUGUGAGUUCAGUCUGUACAGUACUUAGUACGUAGUUGCCCUGAUUUUAGUGUCAGAGUCAGGAUUCUGGACAUCAUUCCAAGUGCAAUCAGUUGGAAGUGUUUGCUGGUCUUUGUUAUCUUUUCAUCAAAAUUAAGGCUGUGAUGUUGUGGGUGCCCUUUUCUGGCAUUGCAUUUGGGGUUGUUAUUGUGCAUGAUUGACGGUCUAUCAAUUUCAGUGUCAAGGUUAAAUAUUUGCCUAGUGUGUUUAAGAGUCUUUAGACCAAUUUUAUUUGUGCAAAAAAUGAUAUUAUUUGUAUAAACCAGACACUCGAUAUGGUUAU